ACUUGACACAAUAGUACUUACACUCUAUCCUGUUUGUAUGAUAAGUCCAUUUGUCAUUGUGUGAUAUCAAGGUCAAAGUAGAUACAACCUACUCCAAUAUUUUGCUCUUUCUACUUUGACUACUUUCCAGUCCUUCGGCCUUCCUUGUCCUUGGAAAAUGGAAUCGGGAUUUGGGAUUGAAACAUAAUAAUAAUUGAGGUAGCGAAUAAAGUAGUCUAUGAGAUUGGUUAUAAUUAUUAUUCAGUGAAGAGUUUUUGUGUUAAAUAUUAUUCUGCGCAACAUGGAUAAUACGAAGUUCAAUACGAUGGCAGCAGAUGAUAAUAAUUGGAGGACGCAAAGUGCCAGGCAAACAAUGGUUGCAAAAAUUGAAGAAGUUAUUCAACGUUCGGGAAUGCAGGUUGCCAGAAACAGCAGUGAAAUGGAGAACCAUGUCUUUAUGAAGGCCAAGACACGGGAGGAAUACAUGAAUAUGAUAGCCAAAUUGAUUUUACAUGUUAGGGAAAUGUCACAACCCAAACAGAAUCAAGGAGGCCCAAACAUGCAAGUGCAAAAUCAAAAUCAGCCUGGUCCAGGAAAUCAAGUUCCAAACCAAGGUGGACAGCAGCCUCAGGGGCCAAACAGUCAACCAGGCAUGGCUACAGAUCCUAUUAAUGCUCUACAAAACAUGGCGUCACAAGGCACAAGAAACCAAAUGAUGAACAUGGCACAGAGUCAAAUGCAACAAGGUGUCAUGGGGCCUAAUCCUGGAAUGACAAUGCAAGGACAGUUGGGGCAACAAGGUCCAAUUGUUCAACAAGGCCAACAAUCACAAACUGCAACAAACCUACUUCAAACUUUAAACAGACCUCAAUUGAAUAUGCAACUUCAGAACAAGCUUGGAGGAUCUAUGGGAAUGGUUCCAAAUCAAGGUCAGAUGGGUAAUAAUAUGGUUGGCGGUAUGGGAAUGGGAAAUCCAAUGAGUUCCCAACUACAAAGCCAGUUAGCAGGGUCUGGGAUGCAAGGACAGAUGAUGCCCAAUAUGUCAAUGUCCAAUGCAAUGCAGGUUCCUAUGACAGGCUCUAGUACUAUGGUGGGGCAAAUGCAGUGUAACCAAGUAGGAGGAAUGAGUGGGCAAAUGGUGCCAAAUAACAUGCAAGGACAGAUGCAAAAUCAAAUGGUUGGUGGUAUGGGUGGAAAUCAGAUGGUGAAUAUGAACAUGCUUCAAAUGCACGGACGCGCGCAGGGAAAGCCUGAUGUGGGAAUGAUGGGUCCGGGCUACGCGGCCAGGGGUCCACCCCCUAAUCAGUUUCUGCGACAGAGCCCAUCUCCGUCUGCUUCGUCACCUAAUAUGGGUGGCCCCAGUCCAGUUUCUAUGGGUGGAGGGGUGCUGAGCGGAGCCCUGGCGUCUCCGAUGUCCUCACUGGGUGCGCUGGGCGGCUGCACCGGCAGUCCGUCGCCCUCCGCCCCGCAACACAUGAGUGUGCAUGCACAACAACAACGUGUGAACAUGGGUAUGGUGGCGUCCCCAUCGUCCUCGCUGAACACGCCGGCGGGGGCGGGGCAGGGGGCGGGGGGCGCCUCCCCCGGGGGCGAGGAGGCGGCCUACCGGGAGAAGGUGCGCCAGCUGUCCAAGUAUAUCGAGCCGCUGCGCCGCAUGGUGAUGAGGAUGGUCAACGAGGGGGAGAAUGUGGAGAAGUUGACAAAAAUGAAGAACCUGCUGGACAUCUUGUCGAAUCCCAACAAACGUAUGCCGUUGGAGACUCUCAUCAAAUGUGAGGUGGUGCUGGAGAAACUAGAUUUCAAGCGGAGUGAGGGGGUGGGACUGAGCCUGCCACCCACUGGGAAGGAGCAAAUCUUCAAUCCCCUACUGGAAGUGGUCAACAACUGCCUGCAGUCGCCGCUGGCCAACCACACGCUCAAGCGGACGUUCGGUUCGGCGCUCGACGCUCUCAACGGACCGCCACUCAAGAACCUACCCCCUCCACCGCCACAGAAACAAGCGAAACUGGAAGAGCCCACAAUGGAGAUACCGGAUGUACUUCAAGGAGAGAUCGCAAGAUUAGACUCAAGAUUUAAGGUGUCUCUAGAGCCGCUGCAGCUGAGCGGCGGGUCGGGCGCGAUCACGCUGACGGCGCAGCUGGACGACGCCCGCCUGCCGUGUGUGGCCGCCGUCACCGUGACCGUGCCGCGCGACUACCCCGCCAGCGCGCCCGCCCGCCUGCGGCCCCGUCCACAACGAGCGGCCACCGCGCCCGCCUUCCUCGCGCGCCUCGAGCGGGCCAUGGACGCACGCUGCGCCCGAUUACCGAAGAGGUGUUCGGUGGGGGAGCUACUGAACGCGUGGGAGAUGAGCGUGAGGCAGGCCUGCGCCCCCGAGCCGCAGCCCUACCGACAGGUGCCCGCGCUGGGCCUGUAACCUGCUAUACAAGCCUUACCGCGAUUAAGAUCUGCGGGCCUACCAUGAACUGUUAUUGCGAUUCAUUUGACGACCUAAAAUUAACUGCUUUGCUAUUUCAUACCACGGCGUCAUUAGUGUGAGCGAAUUUAGGUUGACGUCAAAUCAAGUCGGAAAUUGAAUCGGAACUGUUUCACUUUGUUCAUUCAUUCGUACCUAAUAUUUCAACCCAAACUGGAUAGCUUAAGUAUCAAAGUGAGCUAUUCAAAAAAAGUUGCUACUUUCUUAGCGAAAAGUGAAUCGUUUUGUUAAUAACUUUAAAAAAAUAUUGAAAACAUACAUAAAAGGAUAUGAAUGGCGUCAUCUCUUUCUCACGCCGCGGACCACAGACAAAUUUAUUACGUUCAAUCUUCCAUAAGCGAUUCAAACGCCAUUCAGUUAUUGGCACUUCAUGGUACGAAUCUUAGCAAUUCAGUUUAGGCACCUAAACUGAACUACAUCAGAAUUGAAUCGCUAAUUAAGAGUUGAUGGUGGGCCUUCUGGUCAACAAGUUAAUAACACGAUACCCGGUUUGAGAACAAAGGGAAAUACACACAACUGGACCCCACUAAAGCGGAAACAAAAACACAUCACUUCUCAUCUUUCUCCGCUUUAGUGGUUUCUGGAAUUUAUUUUUCAAAAGUGUCUGUUUAUUGUAUUGUCUCUGUCCGCCUAUGUAUAAUGUAACAGACACAACCGAAUAGAUAGUGACGCAGAGUCAUCAUUAGAGGGUAACAUUAUUUCAUUAGAUUCUUUGUUUGCAUGGUGAAAUAAUAAACAAAUAAAUUUAUUUUUGUUGUGAUAAUUACUGUGAUACGGUGAUGUGUUUCCCAAUUCUGAGCACUGAUUUGUGGUUUAUUGUUAAUGUUGGUUUAAUAUAUUUUCAUUUUAUAUAAGUAUUUUCUAUAGCUGAUUCUUGGAUCGGCUAUAUUUCACCGGGACACCACGGUGGCUCAACCAUUCAGACUACACUCAUGACAAUGACGCGUCCGAUCUGGUCGCGCCACCAAUCAAACGCCAGAAUAGUUACUCUUUAUAGAGCUGUAUACAUUUUGUUGGUUGCGGCGACUGGUUGCGCCCACUGACCUCUAUAAAUACUACUGGACAGGCUGUUCCAUAUGUUUGACAGCAAUUUUUUUGUGUCUAUUUAAAGCUCCACUCGCGAGCAUCCAGAGAACUAAUUUUGACGUGUAAUACAAAUGGCUGCGAGACAAGCGUAUAGUACUCUGUAAUAUUAUUUGCAUUUGGAUUAAUUUCGGUCGUUUUCCGUGUUAUUUAUACUUCAGGAAUGAACGUAAUAAAGUACACAUUUCUUUUUUUAAAUUGUUUUCCUAUCGAUGUUUGUUUAGAUGAGGUUGUCAUCAAUAGUUUUACUUCCGCAGACUCUCGCUAUGAUCUACAGCGCCAAAAUGGCGAAUAUCAAACAGGCACAAAAGCACAUUGACAGCCGACAGUCCAGUGGUAUAUAUUAUCUACAGGAUCUACUUUACUGUCUCAGUGAAAUAUAGCCCUUAGUGUUGGAACAAUAAGUACUUUGUUUACAUAUAAAUAAAUAGUUCAGGCUUAAUUAUUUUAUCUUCAUGACUCCAUGACUCUUGAAAAAAGCGUUCCAAGAAAAUUUUAUAUUAAUCGAAUAGUUUUACUAUGAAAUUUCACGUCAGAUAAAGGUAAUUUCAAAAUUAAUUUAUGUUAGGUAUUUUUACUCGGUUGGUUUAUACUCCAUGUCAACCAAUAUUACUUAACAAGUUUCGCCGUGAAUUAUAUUUUAGAUAUGAAUCAAUUAAUAUUUUGUGAAAUUAUGGAAUGUGUGAAGGCUGUUUUCUCAUCGUGAAAUUACCUUGGUCCAUAACGUACGCGGCUCUCAAAGUCUUAUUAAUAUUAUAACAAGUAUUUUAAUCAAUUUUGUAUGUUGCAAACUACAAUUAAGUUAUAUUUUUGUAAAUAAAUUUAUAUUUGACUUCAG